AUGAUUCAUUUGGUGAUGACGAAAGUGGAUAGUGAGACGAAACGUAAAUGGAAUGAAUGUCACGACUAUACGAAACUACCAACUUGGCUGGAAUGUUGCAAGAUGCUUGACAGGCGAUGUCAACAAUUAAUGGUACUAGCAAAGGCCAAGCCAAAGGCUACAAUCAACCAAGAAUUGCAGCAUACUAGUGUUCGUAAACCUUUCAAGCACAUCUUAAUGACGAAACAAAAGUCUACAAGUCAGAUUCAUUGUGUAUAUUGUUUAAAACCUGGUCAUUAUAUCACUAAUUGUCCAAAUUUUUUAGCUCUAUCAAUUGAAAAUCGAUGUCAACAGGCGAAGCAAAUUCAACUAUGCUUUAAUUGUCUCCGGAAAGAUCACAUUAGCACACAUUGUCCAUCAACGUAUUCAUGCCGAAUGUGCAAAAAACGACAUCAUUCACUUUUACAUAAUACUGGUGCAUCAUCUAAUAUGGAACCUUUGUGUGAGCAAACAAUAUCACCUCUAAGUCAUGUACACACUAAUGCACUAGUUCCAGACGAAACUUCUGCUCGGGUAAAAUCAGUGGUGCUUUUGGCAACAGCAAUGGUGUUAGUUAAAGAUGCAUCUGGUACUUUUCAACUCUGUAGAGUGUUAUUAGAUUCAUGCUCGCAGGUCAAUUUAAUAUCGGAAUCGAUGUGUAAUGCACUUCAUCUAAAAAAGUCACGAAGUGAAAACAGCCUUGUUGGUGUAGGAGCUGCAUCAAUAAAUAUUAAACACAAAACUAUAAGUACGAUACGUUCAAGGUCAAACAGUUUUGAAGCAGUACUUGAGUUUCUCGUUACCAAAAGAAUUUCUGGAUAUCACCCUAAUGAAACACUGUCGUUAGAAGAGUUGCAAAUUCCUGAAAAUCUUCAAUUAGCUGAUCCGACAUUUUACAAACGCCAAAAAAUUGAUAUGUUACUUGGUGCAGAAGCUUUCUUUUCACUGCUAGCAGUAGGCCAAAUAAAACUUGGUGAGAAUUUACCGACUUUACAAAAAACUUUGUUCGGCUGGAUUAUUUCAGGAAAACAUUGUUCUACUAAAGAUUCCAAAAUUGUUUCAUCCCAUUGUGUUGUCAGCUUGGAUACAAUUAAUGCGAACUUGGAACGGUUGUGGCAGAUAGAGGAACCAGUUCAUCCACCAUCAGUAUGGUCAGUAGAAGAACAGCAAUGCGAAACCAACUUUCAAAAAACUGUAGCUCUCAGUAACGAUGGCCGAAUUAUGACAAGGUUGCCAUUCAAAGGCGACACAAGUACUCUUGGAAAUUCUCAGAAAAUUGCAUUAAGAAGAUUUUUAUCUAUGGAAAGAAGACUUGACUCCAAUAUUGAGUUAAAAUUGGAAUAUGUGAAAUUUAUGCAAGAUUACGAAAAUCUCGGACAUAUGUCGAUGGUUAAGGAUUUGGAUUUAAAUUCUCCCCACUAUUUUAUCCCACAUCAUUAUGUAAUUAAACCAGAUAGCACAACUACUAAAUUACGUGUAGUUUUUGAUGCUUCAGCUCGUACAUCAUCACAAGGUCAUUAA